UCUUAAUCGAGCGUGAGCGCCUCUGUUGAUGUCGGCUGCCGCUGUCCCGUCCAUUUGCUAACGCACCGGGACCAAACUUGAAGCCCCAAGAUGUUUUUGUCUGCUGCUGUUCGCUCUGCAGUAUCGCAGACGGCCAGGCAGGUCAGGAAUCUGCAUCGGUCUGCUGCACGUGCUGGAGCUGGUGGCAUCUUUGUGCACAGAGAUACUCCUGACAACAAUGCUGAUACUCCUUUUGAGUUUACUGAGGAGAACAAAAAGAGGAUUGAUGCGAUCAUUUCAAUGUACCCUGUUGGACACAAGCAAGCAGCCACUAUCCCAGUGUUGGAUUUAGCCCAGAGGCAACAUGGAUGGCUCCCCAUCUCCGCCAUGAACAAGGUGGCUGAGGUGCUGGAAAUCGCUCCAAUGAGAGUGUAUGAAGUUGCGACAUUCUAUACGAUGUUCCUGCGUCAACCCGUGGGAAAAUACUUCAUUCAGAUCUGCACAACAACACCCUGCAUGCUGUGCAACUCAGACAGCAUCUUGGAGGCCAUCCAAAACAAACUGGGUAUCAAGGUUGGAGAGACCACUGCAGACAAGAUGUUCACGCUAAUAGAAGUGGAAUGCCUGGGUGCCUGUGUGAAUGCUCCAAUGGUCCAGAUCAAUGACAACUAUUACGAGGACCUCACACCUAAAGACAUUGAGGACAUUAUUGAUGAACUUAAAGCAGGCAGAGUCCCACCACCAGGGCCAAGGGGCGGGCGUUUUUCAUGUGAGCCUGCAGGUGGAUUGACUUCUCUGACAGAGCCUCCGAAAGGACCGGGCUUCGGUGUAAGAGCGGACCUGUAGACAUUUUUUGCCAUUGUUUCAAAAUCAGUUUGUCCCCGAAUCUGAUAUUAUGUUUAUCUCAAACAUACUGUGUAAAUAAAGUGUUCAUGUACCUA